AAAUAUCACGUGCUGUGGGUCGGGGUGUGGUAAUUUACAUACCCAUUUGAGAUCGGAUUUUGGAAAGAAAUCAUGAAAGUGAUACCUUAAAUCGAUCUAAUUCGUUCUUGUCAGAGGAGUGGUAUAAAUAUUGAAAAUCGCGGGCAGAACAGUAUCAUUCUUUCAACAGCUAUCAUUCCAAUCACAGCGGUCUAACUCCAUCACUCCUGUACAAUGGCUUUCAAAUUCUUCCUCCUGUCUGCCCUGAUUGCCGUGGCCAGCGCUGGUCUGCUCCCAGUUGCCGUGAAGCACGUGGAAUAUGCCGAAGCUCCCGCCGAGUACCAGUUCCAGUACUCCGUCCAUGAUGACCACACCGGAGACAUCAAGAGCCAACAGGAGGAACGCCACGGAGACAAUGUCGUCGGACAGUACACCCUGAUCGAUGCCGAUGGUUACCGUCGCGUUGUGGACUACACCGCCGAUGAGCACAACGGAUUCAACGCCGUCGUCCGCCGUGAACCGCUGACCCAGAAGGUCGUCAAGGCCGUCAAGGUUGUUGCCCCAGUUCAGCACUACGUCUCGGCCCCGGUUGUGCACAAGGUUGCCCUGCCAGUGGCCAAGGUCGCUUACCCAACCUACUAUCACCACUAAAUUGGAUCCUAUUUCAUCUCACCAUCAUAGAUCUUCAUCGCAUCCAGUAGCUCUGAUUUUUAUGCUAGAAUAAAUUUAUUUAUUUCAAUUCAAAUCUUGAUAAACAA